ACCGCCUCUUUGCCCUUUGACCCUGACGAGCGGAAGUGACGCCAGGAGGCCGCCGGAGGUGUCGCAAAGUACCGUGCGAUCGGCUCUGUGUUGAGUAGGGUCUGGACCGCGAUCGGUACCGCUAUGUCGAUCGAAAUCGAGUCUUCAGAUGUGAUUCGUCUUAUCAUGCAAUACUUGAAGGAGAACAGUUUACAUCGGGCGUUGGCCACAUUACAGGAAGAAACUACUGUCUCUCUAAAUACUGUGGAUAGCAUUGAAAGUUUCGUGGCUGACAUUAAUAGUGGCCAUUGGGACACUGUUUUACAGGCUAUACAGUCUCUGAAAUUGCCAGACAAAACCCUUAUUGAUCUCUAUGAACAGGUUGUUCUGGAAUUGAUAGAGCUUCGUGAAUUAGGUGCUGCCAGGUCACUUCUAAGACAGACAGACCCCAUGAUUAUGUUAAAGCAAACACAACCAGAGCGCUAUAUUCAUCUGGAAAACCUCUUAGCCAGGUCUUACUUUGAUCCUCGUGAGGCUUAUCCAGAUGGAAGUAGCAAAGAGAAAAGGAGAGCAGCAAUUGCCCAGGCGUUAGCUGGGGAAGUCAGUGUGGUGCCGCCUUCUCGUCUCAUGGCAUUGCUGGGACAGGCUUUGAAGUGGCAGCAGCACCAGGGAUUACUUCCUCCCGGUAUGACCAUAGAUCUGUUUCGAGGCAAAGCAGCUGUCAAAGAUGUGGAAGAAGAAAAGUUUCCAACACAACUGAGCAGGCAUAUUAAGUUUGGUCAGAAAUCCCAUGUGGAGUGUGCUCGGUUCUCUCCAGAUGGUCAGUAUCUGGUCACUGGCUCUGUUGAUGGAUUUAUUGAAGUGUGGAACUUCACUACUGGAAAAAUCAGGAAGGAUCUUAAGUACCAGGCCCAAGAUAACUUUAUGAUGAUGGAUGAUGCUGUCCUCUGCAUGUGUUUCAGCAGAGAUACUGAAAUGUUAGCAACUGGGGCCCAAGAUGGGAAGAUCAAGGUGUGGAAGAUUCAAAGUGGACAGUGCUUGAGAAGAUUUGAAAGGGCACAUAGUAAAGGGGUCACCUGCCUAAGCUUUUCUAAGGACAGCAGUCAGAUCCUUAGUGCAUCUUUUGACCAGACAAUAAGAAUUCAUGGUUUGAAAUCUGGAAAAACACUGAAGGAAUUUCGGGGCCAUUCCUCCUUUGUUAACGAGGCAACGUUCACACAAGAUGGGCAUUACAUCAUCAGUGCAUCUUCUGAUGGCACUGUGAAGAUCUGGAAUAUGAAGACCACAGAAUGUUCCAAUACCUUUAAGUCCCUAGGCAGUACUGCAGGGACAGAUAUUACUGUCAAUAGUGUGAUUCUGCUUCCUAAAAACCCAGAGCACUUUGUUGUAUGCAACCGGUCCAACACAGUGGUCAUCAUGAACAUGCAGGGGCAGAUUGUCAGAAGUUUCAGUUCUGGUAAAAGAGAGGGUGGUGACUUUGUUUGCUGUGCCCUGUCACCCCGUGGUGAGUGGAUCUACUGUGUUGGGGAAGACUUUGUGCUCUACUGCUUCAGCACAGUCACUGGCAAGCUGGAGAGAACUCUGACGGUUCACGAGAAGGAUGUGAUCGGAAUUGCCCACCACCCACACCAGAACUUGAUUGCCACCUACAGUGAAGAUGGACUCCUGAAGCUCUGGAAACCCUAAGGCAGCCUUGCACUGCAGCCUUGCGGUAUUCUUCUCACUCAUACAGACAGUUUUCUUUGCAGCCAGGGAGCAUGCACUUACAUGGAGGCAUGUUCAAGCGCUACUUUACUUUCUUAUGUCUGCCUUUGUAAAGAGAAUGUCUAAAUGAACCACAAGAAUACUUGUCUGAAAUUUUGUGAUUAAGAAGACUUACUACCAUUUAAAGCAUUUUAAAGGCUUUAGUUUAUCUGCUUUUAACUGGGACAGUCACUUAAUGUUUCAAAUCUAUCAAAAGAUUUGAAACACUGUUAUUUCUAGAUGGAAAACUUCAUUUGAAAUGCUAAAUAAAACAUGCAUCAUAUCAUAAACUUGUAAAUAAGUCACUAUGGUAUAAUCAGUAGCUAUGGAUUUUUUUAAAAAAGAUUUUAAUAAACUUAUACCUUUCUGAA